UUGUACCAAUACUUGUUGGUGUGGUAGCUUUCUCGAUGACCAGCUUGACAGAAACCAUUCGAUCAAAAGUAAAGUAGAAAGAUAGAUCAACCAAAAUUUUUGUUUUUUUGUUUUGUUAAUCGACAAUAAUGUUACGAUUAGUCAUUGUUAUUAGUUCUGUGAUAUUGUUAAUUAGUUUUCCACCGACUGCAGGCAUUUUGCGACGAUGUUUUCAAUGUCGAUCUCGUGGUGAGUUGGGAAAUUGCAAAGAUCCAUUCAAACUAAAUGCCACAUUGAUCGAUAACGUACACGGCGUGACGGCAGUACCAUGUGCAUCCGGAUGGUGCGGCAAAGUAAUCGAAGGGGAAGGAUCACUGCGAGAUGACGAUUAUGACAUGGCAACGCAAAGGAUGUGCGUCCAGCGUGGUCCAUCGGAUUCGGAGGACAGAUGUGCAUACACUGUGUAUAAUUACAAAAAGGUUUACAUGUGUUUCUGUCAAGGAGAUUUGUGUAAUGCAGCGCAUAGCGUUAAGUUUAGUAGUUCGUUGGGUGUAAUUUGUUCAAUCGCUCUGUGGAGCAUUUGGUACUUGGGAAGAUAGUAAUAAAAACUGUAGAUAUUU